UUCAAACAGCUUAUAAUGCAAUAUUUGUGGUUCUGGAAAAUAAUUUUUCUCAGCGGUUUAGAUGGCACAAUGAUUCUCUACACUAGCUUGUUUUGUCACAUAAACUAAAACAGGGCAAAGUAUAGCUGUGUUCGAUACUCAUACUAACCGCACUAUUAGUGACGUGAAUUAAGUAUAUAGUAUGCUUUUUGGUCAUAGUAUGGAUAUUAGUUAGUAUGCAAAAGGUUUCCGGAUGUCGUACAAAAUUCGCCAAAAUACGAAGUAUUCAUUCAGUGGACACUAUUUCCGUGCUUUUAGGGCCGACAAUUUGUGUAUGGUAACCUAAUACAUCGAACUUGCGAGCCAGUAUAUUAACGAUCUGCUGUCUAACUACCCAACGUUUAUUGACUUGAUUAUUCAUAUCAUUCUCAGCUAAGUGGUAUAGUCGUUGUGCGUUUCAAUAGACUGUUAAUUCUGGCUAUCUACUCCGAUUUCAGAGCGCUCUCGGCAGAAUAACUUAUGAAUUUACAAACACUCAACACCAAUAUGGCCGGUGGUGUCAAAGACUAAUGAAAUUGCUGACAGCAGCCCAGUUACAGUCACCUACGCUCUGGAUAACAUGAAAACAGUCUAAUCAGCUGUUAGGGUGAGUAAAAUGGUCAGAGUGAGGUGUUCUCUCAUUUGUGUCUGGAAGUAGCUAGCCAACGUUAGCCAGUUAGUUUGGGUGCUUGACUGCCGUUGAACGAUCAGAUCAACUCUGUAAACACUCUGGAUUUAUGAACGCCCAGAGCUCACUCUGGCACCCCAGAUUGAAUUUACAAACACACCCGAAAUCGUAAAAUGUUUAGCUAGUAAUUUGUUACGUUAACAACCUAGCAAUAAGUUGCAUAGCAACGUCAUCCGCUUCCGGUAGACAGGCAACGCUCUAAUAUGCUCAACUUAAACGAUACCGUUUGUUUACAGUAUACUAAAAUGACCUAAUGGUAUGUAGUAUACAGUAUGUUAGUAUGGGUAUUCGAACACAGCUUAUUAUAAUUGUAGCUAGCAACCAGGAAAUGGCGUAGCGAUUUCUUUGCAUUCUGUGAAGUUCACAAUCCAGGGCGAAUGGUGGCGAUAAAGCACGACUAGUUGGUUUGGCCGUGCCUAAACAAAUAUCAAAGAAGGAAGAAAAAAAACAAUAUUGUGGUUUCCGGGACGUGCCAAUCAUGGUUUCAGCGUACUUGCGUCCAUCCGGUUAUCGGUGUCCUGUGCGAAUGCUGGAGAGCUAUGGCGGCGUGCCGGGGAUCCUCGUCAAAAUGGUUUUUCACCCGGGAGCAGCUGGAAGCCACGCCGUCCCGCCGUACGGGAGUGGAGCCGGAUAGAGAGCUCUCUUACCGACAGCAGGCGGCAAACCUCAUUCAAGAUAUGGGCCAGAGACUCAACGUCUCACAACUUACUAUAAAUACAGCAAUUGUUUACAUGCAUAGAUUUUAUAUGUACCACUCUUUCACCAAAUUCCACAGAAAUAUCAUUUCUCCAACCACAUUAUUCCUAGCUGCAAAAGUUGAAGAGCAACCUCGGAAACUGGAGCAUGUCAUUAAGGUUUCACAUGCUUGUCUAAACCCUCAAGAGGCCCCGCUUGAUACGAAGAGUAAUGCAUACCUCCAGCAAGCUCAAGAGCUGGUGAUACUUGAAACCAUAGUGCUGCAGACUUUAGGAUUUGAAAUAACUAUUGAACAUCCACACACUGAUGUCGUGAAAUGUUCCCAGCUAGUGAGAGCAAGCAAGGAUCUGGCACAGACUUCCUAUUUCAUGGCUACCAACAGCCUCCACCUCACCACGUUCUGCCUGCAGCAUAAACCCACAGUCAUCGCCUGCGUCUGCAUCCACCUGGCCUGUAAAUGGUCCAACUGGGAGAUCCCUGUCUCCACUGACGGGAAACACUGGUGGGAAUACGUGGACAACUCUGUCACGCUGGAGCUUCUUGAUGAACUGACACACGACUUCCUUCAGAUUCUGGAGAAGACGCCGAGCAGGUUGAAGAGGAUCCGGAACUGGAGGGCCACACAAGCUGCCAAGAAGCCCAAGGGAGAUGGCUCUCAGGCGAACGACCCCUACCCAGGACCCUCCCUGGUCCACGAACAUUCCCUGGGAGACGGCAUCCCUGGGGUCUCCAACUCAGCCUUCUCCAAAGCUGCCUCCUCGUUCCCUGUCCCACUGCCGGGUCACGCCAGUGGACCCCUCUCCCUGGACUCCAUCGCCUCCAUGCAGGGCAGCUCCUACACCUUCACCGCCCCCAGCGACUGGCCCCAGGACACGGGGGGUCGCUCGGAGGGAGGAGGCUAUUCCCUCAAAACAGAUGCACUAGGCCUCCAGCAGGGGGCUUCACUGUCUCUGCAGCACAGCUCUCUGAACCCACACAGACCAGAUAAGACCAUGGAGUUCAACACUAUUAAACUUGAACACAAGGCUGUAGCGGGGGGGGGGAAGCAACAGCAGCCCCCGCCUGCCCAGAAAAUGUCCCUGGACAAGUACAGAGAGAAGCAUGCUGCCGAGCUGGCGGUGCAGCAGAAACGCAAACAGACAGAGCAACAGGCUAUGGAGCCUGAGGGCAGGGAUGCCUAUAUACCCUCUGUCCAGUCAGACCACAGGAAACACAUGCAGCCCCACCCUAACCCAGGGAGCAGCAGCGGCACCACUGCAUCUCCUCUUAAAAUGAAGCUGGCCAUUCCAGGCCAGGACAGGCUCCCCUCUGACAAACGGGACAAGGGGGGCUCACUCAAACUCCGCCUCCCAGUUCCUUCUCAGGGGGGCGUGGCCAGCAAAGAGGAGCUGAAGAUGAAAAUCAAGGUGUCCUCUGAGCGCCACAGCUCUUCUGAUGAGGGCGGGCCCAAGAGCAAACAUUCCAGCCCGCUGGUGAGCAAGGAGAAGCAUCGGGACCACUCUGCCCACCGCCACCACAAGCAGCACGGACACUCUCAGCUCCACGCGGCACAGCACAGUGGCAAUGGCCGGGGAGGCCUCGAGGGGCCAGCAGGUGUCGGGCCGGCCCUCCUCCGGAGCCCCCUGGGGCUAGGGAGCGUUGAGGGGUUGGCGGGCCCGGCCCUUGCUUCUGUUUCCAGUUCCUCCCGCAAGAGGGCACACCCCAACGUUGCCGGCCACAACCACCACUCCUCCAAAACGAGCAAAAGCUCCAAGGGCGGCGCAGGUGGGCUACGGACAUCUCAACACCCUAGUGAAACUGGACAAGAAGCCAGUGGAGAGCCGCGGCCCUGAGGUCGCCGGCUGGGGUACUGCCAGCACCAAACAGACACUUUUGACAUGCUCACAUUUCCUGUUAAGUGCCCAAGGAAUAAACUCAUGAACCCUUUAUAGCAAGGAAAUGGAAGGUAAAGCAAAAAAUAUAAAGCAAAGUGUAGGACAGAAAUCUAAUUAUUAUGCUUCCCGAUCAUCUGAUCUCUUGGCAGUGCUGAUAUAGUCCUGCCUGUUUCUGUAUGUAUAACUGCUGCUUAGUCCUCUCCAUAUUCUCUGGAUGGGUCUUGAAAUGUGGACGUGAGAGUUAGGGGGUCAUCCUAGUUUAAAUGUUGAAAAAAGGUAUUAUAAAUACUGAAAAGGCAUGAAAGAUGCAAUUUAUUUUCUUUUAAAUAAUAAUUAAAACAGCAUUUCCACAACUAAUCCAUUCUGGUGAGAAAACAAGGCAAGCGGUCCUCUUACGGCUGGAGGGGGGCUUCUCUCAGUUGGUAGUAGAGAAGGAAGGCCAGGCACGCCAAACAUGGCCGCCAAUGGAAGCUGGAUUUUAUUUGUUGAAAGUCUUUUUUCCCUUUUUUUUUUAUACUCAAUACUGUAUCGAUGAUCCGCAUGUUUCUAUCAUCAAAGGGAUAAAGCAGAAUGCAGACUGCUGUUUACAGAAAGUGGAGAUAAAUGUACAUACAUUUUUGUAUGUUUAAAAAGCUAUACCAUAAAUACUCAGGUUUGGAACUGCUUGUAAGUAUAACAAGAUAUAUAUAUUAUAUAUGAUGGAGAAAAAGACUUGUAACUUGAUGUAGGAGUCCUAUCAUUGGUGAUUCUGACUGCAGCGUUCCACUGUUGUGCUUAGAGCCUGUACUACGCAUGGCUGCCGGUAGAGUGCACUCGGCCUUCGACCUUUCCAUCCCUUUGUAGGGUCUGGAUUUCCUCCAGUGCAGACCCUACAAACAGUACCAACCACCUGGCAUGUUGUCAGAGGCCAUGCAAUUUGUACAACAAUUUUUUUGGGGGGGACCUCCAACAUGACCUAAAGCUGGAUGCCAAAGGCUGCCUCGCAAAAAAAAAUAAAGACACGAGGACAGUAAUACUAGUGCUAUAGUUUACAUGCCUAACCUUUGCUGUGAAGUGCAUUUACAUGAAAUGGUUACUUGGCUUGACCCUGUAGCUGAUAGAUGCAAAGCUGUUAAUCAGUAAUGGUAAAUAAUGUAGGAUUGUUGAUGUCCAGUGACGUGGCAGAAAAGUAGCCUGGUUAUUGGGCUUAACGUUCCAUCAGUGUUGCUGAUACAGCUCAGUUUCCUACUGUAUAUGGCAGAUAUCGUUCUCAAUUCUGGACACAAACUAAGAACUGUUCUUUGACUGGUUAGUCCUUAUUUCAGUGUGCAGACAGUUGGUAUUGGGGCCAAGAUGCUAUGUUCCACCAGUACUUAUACUCUUGGGCACAGACAGUGGUUUGAUAACAAGAAGGCAAGUGCAAAUCUGGACAACCAGUUUUAUGAUUUUAUUUAAGUUCUACAAAUAAAUCCUAAGGUUAACACUACCUUAACUUGA